AGUCUUCAGCGAAGACCUACACUGGUGUCACUGAUACUCAGCAAGGCUUCAGCGAAGCCUAAGCCGUGGGGCACCAGCGCCGAAGCGUUGAAAGGGGCGCACGGAGAAAGUAGAUCAGACUCCACCAAACUGGUUGUAGAGCACCACUACUGUUGCUACGGCAGUCAGCCGGCACGGUAGCAGACUAAAAGCGUGCGGCACAACCGCUACGGAAAAGCGGCUACGCGGGAGCGGAUAGUGGAGAAGAAAUUGGAUUAUCUGGAUCAUUUCCCCGCGGAAAGGACGCUCAACAGAAUUAACACGGAAAGAUGGCACAGAAAGGUCAAGCCACUCAACGAAGUCAGGGAACACUUCCAAUGGACGUCGAUCAGUCUACGGGCUAUAAUCCAAGGUGUCCGGACUGCUUACGCAACAACAGAAAAGUCAAUAAGAAGUUCCCGUGCUACACAUGCGUUCAUAAGUUGGGGGACCCACACAUUGUUUCACUCGUGGGAAUCAUGGAAGCUAAACGGGGGAAUAUGGAUGUUUUUCGGAACCUCAUUAGCGCGAGGAAUUAUGGCAGCAUCCCGGUAGAAGAGCGAAUGCUACUCGAGGAUCGUUAUCGGGAAGCGAUCCAGAAUAACGAGAGUGGCUGGGAUGAUACUCUAGAACCAUUGAAAUGUUCACAAACGGACGCAUACCGUAAGAAGUUCGAGGAGGAACAGGAGCGGAUGCAGCGCCAGAAGUUGGAGGAUGAACUCCGUGCGAAGAUUAACGCGCAAAAUCAAAGGGCAAGCGAACAGGCCGCCAGGGAGCCACUGCCCAGCACGUCGAGCUCAGCUGUACCUACAGCCAGCCUCAACGAAGAUGAAGCGCAGCUUACACGACAGUCUCUCAAUCUGCAGAUCGAUACGCUGACGAGUGACCCGGCUGCCAUGCAGCAGGAUUUAUUUGACGCGCUGUUACGAGAGAAAAUGAGAUUACAAAAAGGUUUUGCUCCAGCGCCGUACAUAAAGAAGGAAAUUGAAAAACGUAUGGAGGAUCUGCGUAAAUCCCGUCAAAAUGAAAGUAAUGUUCUGCAGGCGCUCAGAGGAUUUAAACGGGACGAAGGUUUCAUACGCCCUCGAUCGCCUCCGCAUAGAGAAAGGUCACGCGGACAUUUACGGGAACAUGAACGAACCUCUGAAAGACGAAGCGAAAGGUCACGUGAAUACUCUCGUGAAAGGACACGGGAUUACCGCAGUGAAAAGUCACGCGAACGUUCUCACGACCGAGAUUACCGUGGCGGAAGAGGAUGGGUGCGCCAUGGCAAUGAGAUAACGGAAACGACCAUUCAACGGAAAAUCGAUACGGCAAAGAUUUUGGCAGCGACGAGAGGACGUGAAGAACAACGGCGUGCGGAGACUUACCGUACAGAGCCUGAAAAGAAAGGUCAUCAGGUGCCGUUGGGAGUUGGAUUCUGUAAUCGCAAUGUCAGAAUGUCAACACCCGAAAGGUCAUGGGACAAAAGGCGCGAGCAGACGCGAAAUCGAACACCGGACCCAAAUGAUAAGAGAUGGCAAGAGAGAGCUGCAUAUUAUGCGGGCUUUGAAUCCGGUGCAAGCAAAAGGUCAUCGAGUGCGGAACGGGAAGAUUCACCCCCAAAGUAUCAAAGGAUGGAAUCAACAGUCCACGUGGUGAACCCAAUCGUUAGUGCCGUUCAAGAAGAUGACCCGAUGGAAGGGGCCAGCUCAGUUGUGGAUUUGACGUCCCAGGACAAUGUGACCCACCGACGGAACGUAAUUUUGGACAAUGACCUUCAACCGGCUAUAUCGGCGAGUAACGAACCGUCGCAGCCCGAGUCAGAAGGACGGCGUGAACAAGAAGGUCAACGUGAACCGGAUGAUCGUCGUGAAGCUGACCGACGAACGACUUCCAGAUUUAACAACCGACACCCCGACAUAAUCGACAUGGAAUGUGAUAUGUCAGACACCGACGAACAAAUGGCGGGAAUUUGUCGAUACAUAGGGAUUGAAGGUGAUUCAGCGGAAGCGAAUAAGAUUCACACAAUUCUGAAUCAGCUGCGCCAAUUUUUAUUCGAUUCGGGCUAUGCAAAAGAGAUUAAGAAGGGAGUGGAAGAAGGAAAUUUCCAUCGAUUAUACAUUCCCCGCGAUUCAGUAAGAGAUUGUUAUCUCCCUAUUCGACGGAACGGGUUACAUAGCCUACUGGAUUUGAGUUUACUGGAUGUACCACUGGAUACGACUGACCCAGUCGGGAUGACACAAUUUUAUUAUAGGGACUAUCCCUAA